GUUUGUAAAUGCAAAUCUUCCACCUAAUACCAAUUUCUUGAUUGCUUCAAUGUCUAGCUUGCCGUGAAUGACGUCACCACCGCCACCUUCUACGGCAUCCGCCGCUGCGGAGUCCAUCCACCGUUCCCUCUCGGUACUCACUUCCUACUCCUCCGACUCCUUUGACAGUCCCCGCCGGUUCACGGCAUUCGCUUCCAGGCUCCAAUUCGUUCUCAACCAUCACCACUUCCUCGACUCGGAUUCUCUCCCGCCGGCUCUUCAAACAGCUCUCAAAGGAAUCGCCUCAGAUCUUUCCAAAGCCGUCGAAACGGUGUCGUCUUACCGCCAGCGAAGCAAGAUCUUCGUCCUCAUCAACUGCAAAUCUCUAUCUUCUUCUCUCCAACAACACUCCUCCGCCAUCGGUUGCUGGCUUGCGUUGAUCGAAUCUUCCCUCUCAGAUGACCUCCCCGAUCUCCACAAAAAAAUCUCCGAUCUUUCCCUUGACAUGAAACAGUCUCAUUUCACCGUUACUGAAAAUGAAGAGAGAGUUCACCGUACGCUACAAAGAGAAGGAGAAGGAAGGCAAACAAGUAAAGCAGUUCAAAGCGCGAUUAUAAUGGAUUUAGCGAGAUGUUUAGGUAUUGAUUCCGACAAUUACAGUGAGUUAAUAAAUCAAGUUAAGUUGUUAAAAACUGAUUUAACAAACUCAACUUCCGUUUCCGCUAGGCGGAUUUUAGUUUCAUUGGAAAAGAUUUUAGAUAAUUGGUCAGUAGUUCCAGGAAUGUCAACCUUAUGCGUUGACCGUGAUUUUGAAGAAGAAACUCACAUUUCACCAUUUAAGAAUUUUUUGUGUCCGUUAACUAAGGAAGUUAUGAAGGAACCUGUUGUGUUAGAGUCAUCACAGACUUAUGAACGAACCGCAAUUGAGUAUUGGUUUGAGAGGUGCUUGGAUGAUGGAAGAGAUCCAACUUGUCCAGUAACGGGUCAGGUUUUGAAGUCCUUGGAGCUGAAACUGAAUAUCGGUUUGGCGGGUGCUAUUGAGGAGUGGGUUAAUAGGAAUAUUGAGAUUCAGAUGAAGGGCGCGGUGGAGCAGCUGAGCAAGGAGAGCGUGGAUGUCGAAGGUGUUGAGAGGGUAUUGGAUGUGGUUUAUAAGAUAUCAGAGGAGCAUCCUUUGAAUAGGUUUCGAGUUCGGAAUGCUGGGGUUGUUGUGAUGAUUGUUAAGUUGCUAAAGAAUUGUUCAAAUAGUAUUGGGACUGUUUUGAGAGGUAAAGCGCUUAUGGCUUUGCUUAGCAUGGCAAAGGAUGAAGAGAGCAAGCAAAUAAUGCUUGAUGAGGGCAUCACUAGGUUGGCCAUACAUAGUCUUAUUGGAAGCUCAGAGAAAGAGAAGGAGUAUGCUGUGAAGUUAUUACUAGAGUUCUCUAGUGAUGAAUCAUACUGUACGAGAAUUGCAUCAGAGAAAGGGGCAUUAGUUCUUCUCUCAAGCAUGGCAGGAAAUUUGGAGCAUCCUGCACUAGCCAAUUUGGCUGAGGAAAUUUUGACACGAAUAGAGGGAGCUGAAGAUAGUAUUCAGCAUUUAGCAGCUGCAGGAAGAUUUGAACCCUUACUCAGUCGACUGCGUGAAGGGCCUGAUGAUAUUAAAAUAGAGAUGGCAUCCAUUAUUGGUAGAAUGACCUUGACAAGUAACAGUAAGGAACAAAUUGCCAGGCAAUGUGCUCAAUCACUAGUUGAAAUGUUAUCUAAGCCAGAAGGAAGAACAUCGAGCUUACAAGCAUUAAAUAACCUGUCAGGGUUGGAUGAAAAUGUAACCAUUCUUCUCGAUUGUGCUGUUCUUCCUGCAUUAGUGGCUGUUCUCUUGCAAGAUGAAGUUGCUUCACCAGAGUGGAAAGAACUUGCAGCAUCAAUAAUUGCAAAAAUAGUAUCAAAUCAUGGGCGCUGGGAAUUGGCUUCAAUAGACAGGAAAGGGAAUUUAAUGCAGUCAGAAUCAGUAGUAUUUAAUCUUAUUAGACUUCUUUUCGCUGCAUCUUCCCAUUGUCAAGCUUCUAUUCUUCGCAUCCUAUGUGGAAUGGCUAGCUCACCACAAGCAGCAGAAUCUGUAGCCUUGCAUAUACAAAAUACUGGGGAUGGCAUCAAAACAAUCAUUAUGUUUCUUCAAUACCCAGAGGUUGAACACCGAAAUUAUGCUUUUAAGCUUACAAGAUUACUUGCAGAAAGGUUUGGUCAUGAUAUAGCGCAAGAGCUAAAACAAUCUGGCAAGCUUUCCCUUUUCAAGGAGAAAUUACUGGACAAUGAGUCAACAGAAAGUGAGAAAUCUGAGGCUGCAUGCAUACUUGCUAAUAUUCCACUCUCAGAAGAUGAGGUCAAAACAAUCAUGGAGGCAAGCUUUGUUAAAUGGACAGUAAUGACUCUUGAAAAGAAGCAGCGUAUCUCAAAUGGAAGAACAUCCCGACCUACAUCACGCAUGGCAGAAGGACUAUUGGGCCUAUUACUCCACUUUACAAGGCACAUUCAUCAAGAGAAUGUUAGUGUGAUCAAGGAGCAUCAACUAAUGACCAUUUUCUGUGAGCAGUUCAGUUUUCCUGCAAAACCCAGAGUUAGACAGCUCGCUGCUAUCGGAUUGAAGAACUUGUCUGAAGCUGGAAGAUCAUUUGCAGUGGCAGACUUGGAACCACCACCACCCCAAGGCUUCUGUGCUUCCUUGGUUUUCAUGUGUGGAAGAAGGGGUUCUCCAGAACCUUCGACUUGUCCCAUACACAAUGCUCCAUGUGAAAACAAUAGUCAACUGUGCUUACUAAAAUCAAAUUGUAUCAGACCAUUGGUCGACCUUCUCCACGACGAAGAUACCUUUGUUCAAAUUGCUGCAAUUGAGGCACUCUCAACUCUCGUGUCUGAUAUGUCUAACGGUUACAAGAGAGCCGUGGAUGAGCUAGAGAAGCAGGACGUAAUUUUGGCUGUCAUCGAACUUUUUACGGAAGUUCGUCCCGGGGUUCUUCAAGAGAGGGCACUUUGGAUGAUAGAGAGGGCACUUCGAGUGGAUGGCCCUGCCCAUAAGUACUCACUCAAUCAAGAACUGGUUAGGGCUUUGGUAGAAGCGUUUAAGCACGGAAAUGCUAAUGCAAAAAGACACGCCCAAGAUGCUCUUACCAACCUGAAACAGAUAUCAGGGGUCAGCGGGAAAGCGUCUAGUCAAUCUCGCCCACGGAGUAAGUAGAAAUAGAAAAAUACUAAUUAUCUGUAGUUUUUCUGUCAACAUUGCAUACUGUUAUAAUGUUUCAAGUCUGUAUAGCAUUUACAGUCACCAAAUUUUGUAUUCAUUACUGUGUAUUAUUCCUCUUAAAUGAAUAAUUCAUGACGUGUCAAUUGAACGGGUCAAGUUUGUUUUG